CUGCUCGUUACACUCGCAGUGCACGGACGACUUGCGAUAAUUAGUGUUGGUUGCUAGCAAGGUCACGUAAGCCAUUUUGUUAUUAUUUUUGUAAAUUGAUUGUAGAAGUUUGCAGUAAUUGGUUUAGUAAUAAUAGUGUUGAUUGUACUUGUAUAGGUUAGAUUUUAUGAUCUGAGUUGUAAUUAUACGGAUCGUUUGUUAACUUAAUAAUUUCUUUAUAACAUUCCACUUCUGAUUCCUAAUAUCAGAAGUGGGAUAAAGGACUCAAAUAGCCCACAGUAGCGUAAAACUCUGAACUUUGUUUUGUUUUACAAUGACUGCUUACUUUGAUGCUUUCAUACUUUAUUUGUUAUUUUUAUUGUGUGAUUGCAAAUUUUAACUGUGAUAAUGAGACAUACUGAAACUCCUAGUACACGGAGGCGACCGUCUCGAGAUGAUUCUCGUAAUCGAAAACGACAUGCUUUCGCGAUCACAGAGAUGAUAGACAAAAUCGCGAUACGAACGAUAGAGGUCGUACUUCACGAGAUGGCUUACGGGUCCGAGACCAGCGUGAUUCUCGCAGUACUGAUGUGCGUCGGUCACGUGCUCGGGUUAGGCGCGGGUCGCGUAGUAGGGACCGCUCUCGUAGUGUGCCCGUCGCGGAAGGGCGAGAUCGCGCUCGCGCACGGUUGAACCUGCUGCGACACGUUCUAACGAUAAGGCGCGCGCUGAACAGACCACCGAUAUUCUACGGACAGUUACGACUCCCAUGUCGAAUAUCGUUGGUUCGCAACAAGGUCGCGUAGAAUCUAGUAUCCCUGGUUCUGAGGCGUCUACCCUCGCCAGUGCUUUAAUAGAACUUUAAUAGUGAUACGGGGCAUAAUGGGCCCUCAGGUUACAGCCGCGAACGCUAAUCUACUCACGAUUUGAUUUCAUUUUUAGUGGAGGUCAGGUUAGGCCGAGUCCUCAUAGGGUUCAGGCACUAAUUGAGUCACCAGUGACUCGUAAUGUCACACAGGUAGAUAAUUCCUGAGGUUGACUGCAUACUUCCGAAGGUGAAUUCGGGACUAUGUUGGCAAAAUGGUCAAUUCAACUUUUGAGAUUACAGCUCAUUCUGAACAUCACAAAAUGCAAGACAACAGACAUCCGCCCUGCAGCUUCUGGUAGGAACAGACUCCACCACACCUGUGGUGAGGACUCUAUUUAGUGAUGUCACGACUGAGGUGUUUCGGAGCCGUGAAGUUCGUCGAGAACUAGGUCGAGGUAGAGCUCAUCAAUUGGUACCAUGGAGUGAAAAGCGACAUGAUGCUCGCGUGGACAGGCACCGACGAGCAGCAGCCGUUUUUAAUGUCGAUAAUCUUGUUUUGGUAAUAACUCACAGUCUACAGGAAAUCUAGAUCCGGCAAUCCGUGGACCUUGCUGAAUGGUGAGGAUGGUGCCUCACGGGCAUUGUCGCCAGCUCGGGCCCCUCGAUGGUUCCUGCGACAGUAGCACGCAAGCGACGUGCCGGUAGCUGUGUAUUAUCGGUCGGCAGCGGCAGUUAUGUCAAAACUACACAGGCAGCUGCACAAUAUAUGGCAUCGUGACGGGGCGAGUGGACCCCUGAGACAUGUGCUGCCUUCUUUGAGAGUAAGCGAAGUUGAUGGUAACCAUUGUUCACAGAUAUACGUAUUCUUAUGGUGAACCUGAAGGGUGAGCUAUAGAUGAUUGCUCUCUAGUUACGUAUCCCUCACUCGGAGUCACGGUGAGAUGCCUCAAUACGAUUGGUCUAGGCUGGCGUAUUGAGAAGCCUCGGCACGUUUGAGUGUGGUCGGCGUGUCGGGAAGCUUCACACGUUUGAAUACGUUCUGCGUGUGGAAUGCACUCGUACGUUUUUAAUACGAUCUUCGUACGAGUGGGUCUGGGACCAUUUUACGUAUCCCUCACUCGUCUGAUUAAUUCUACACGGUGAGAUGCCUCAAUGCGAUCGGCCUAAGCUGGCGUAUUGAGAAGCCUCGGCACGUUUGAGUACUGUCGGCGUGCCGGGAAGCUUCACACGUUUGAAUAUGCUCUGCGUGUGGAAUGCACUCGUACGUUUUUAAUACGAUCUUCGUACGAGUGGGUCUGGGACCAUUUUACAGGGAUCACUGGUAACCAAAUGCAGAAGACAAUCAACGAAGGGCGACGCACACUGGCCCUUGGAUACUAACAGGAAUAUGCGCAUUAGGUUUUAUACUUUCGAGAGUGAUGUAUGUGUGUUAUAUGAGCAAGAUUUAUGACAAACGAUGUAUGAAUUAAUUGACUGUGGACAGGAUGAUUGUGCUGUAAGUUCGAGUGCCCCUAAGCUUCUCCGAAUUAUUGGUAAUGGUUUUGUUCUGUUUUAUAUGAUGGUGAUGAGAACACUAUGCAAACGAAGCCCGUUCCUUUGACCGGUCUGUCUAUGCCCUUGCUUGAUGACUACGUGGAGGCUAACCCGCCGACUUCUCCGGUGGCGGGUUCAAGCGGAACCCAAAGGAUUUGUGUCGAGGACGACUCAACGUCAGGAGAGGCCGUGUAAGGAGCCUCCGAAACAUCGUCAUCGAAUACUCGGCAAACCUAUAUAAGGAGGGUACUUAGAUAAUUCCGCACAUCCUGCUCGUUACACUCGCAGUGCACGGACGACUUGCGAUAAUUAGUGUUGGUUGCUAGCAAGAUUCGUAGAAACCAGCCCGGCAGGCACGACCUGUAAUCCAGCCGAGGCGCCAUGUAUCGGAGGAUUUGCUAGACUGGCUACUAAAGUGAGGGAGAGACAAGCAGCUGAACCAGAUUCCUUAUUACUAAAUGCAGGGGACAGUUUCCAAGGUACCAUAUGGUACAAUAUCUUGAGAUGGAACGUAACCCAAGACUUCAUGAAUAUGCUCAAACAUGACGCUCAUGUCUUAGGGAAUCACGAGUUCGACAAUGGUAUUGAAGGCGUAGUACCUUAUCUUGAGCACUUGGAUUCUCCUGUAGUCACUGCCAAUAUUAUUGAUGACGAUGAACCAACUAUCCAAGGGCUGUACAAACCAAGUAUUAUAGUAGAACGAGGCGGACGGAAGAUUGGUAUAAUCGGUGUUAUUAUUGCCAUCACUGACCAACUAGCAUCUACUGGAAGGCUGAGAUUUACUAAUGAAGUUGAAACAGUCAAAGCAGAAGCUGAGAAACUACACCAACAAGGAAUCAACAUCAUCAUAGUACUCUCACAUUGCGGUCUGGAUAUUGAUAAAGAACUAGCGGCAAAUGGCGGUCCUCACAUCGACAUCGUUGUAGGAGGCCACAGUCACACCCUGCUCUUUAAUGGCGAGCCUCCAGAGAACAGCGGGUUUGUCCCUCGUGGUCCCUAUCCGGUUAUAGUGGAUACUGAUGGCGGACCGGUACUGAUCGUUCAAGCCGCUGCGCAUACGCAGUUCCUUGGCGAGAUCAAGGUAUUCUUUGAUGAUUCAGGCAAUCUACUCGAUUGGGAAGGUCAUCCUCAUUACAUCGGAAAUAAAAUCGAACAAGCACCCGAUGUCCUAGAUAAGAUAAAAAUAUACCAACCAUUGGUCGAAGAACAAGCUUCAGUAGAAAUAGGUUCGUCGCUGGUGCAUUUAUCUUCAAGGUGCGCUUGUGGUGAAUGUAAUCUGGGCAGUUUUGUAUGUGACGCCUUCAUGCAUGAAGUCAUGGCCAGAGCUCAGGGUGAUAGCUGGCAUCAUGCCCAUUUUUGCGUUAUCAACCGAGGAAACGUUAGGAUGGAUAUCGCACCCGGAAAAAUAACAUUCGAAUCAGUGAUCGUAUCUACACCGUUCGAAAACAACGUCGAGGUUUUCGAUUUAAGAGGAGACCACAUUAUGGAAAUGCUCGAAUUUUCUGUCGCUAAUGUACCGUUUGCUGGUGCGAAAAUGUUGCAAGUCUCUGGAUUGUUGCUGACAUUCGACGGGUCGAGGCCGCUAAAUGAACGCGUCCUGAACGUGGCCGUCAGGUGCAUCGCCUGCGACGUCCCCAGAUACGAACCGCUGGAGCUUGACAAGUAUUACAGAGUUGUCUCCCAGAGUUUCAUCGGAGCCGGCGGAGAUGGAUUCACAAUGAUUUCAAACAACCGUAAGAACGUCGCAGUCGUGGGCGUCGACUAUGAUCUGCUGAUGAAGUACGUGAGGCACCGGUCUCCAGUUUUCGCGGACGUAGAUGGAAGGAUAUACAUCGACAAUCCUUGUGUAGUUUGACAUGUAUACACAGUUUACAUGAUUAUUAAGUAGUUUCAUUCACUCUUGUUAAGCUAAUUGUUAGUAGCUGAUAUAACUAUUAUGGUUUCUUGGAGUAUAGAAAAAUAUUUGAGGAUAGAUCUUAAAGUUUCUUCAUAAUUAUUUUUUCUAGGAUCUAGGUACUUCCGACUUGUGAUAAACACGAUUUGACGGUAAAUUUUAGAUCUUAUUAUUUCAAUCCAUGAAUGUAUCUUGAGUUUUAAAUAUAUUUAACUUUGAAAAGACAAUAUAGAUAUAUAUAAAUACAUUGCAUAUAAAGUAUACUCGUAUGUAAUGUGUACUAAUUAAAAAAAUUUUUUGUUUAUGUAAGAAGAAAUCGUUAAAUGAUAUUAAUUAAAUUAUUAUAUAUUAA